UGUGUGUUGUAUAAAUGUAAAGGAGAGAAUAAUUUUAUAUAUAAGAUGCACCUAUACACUUUGAUCUCGCAAAGAGUUUAUAAACCUAGUUGUGAGAUUAAGAAUUUGGUGUGUUCUGUCUCUUUUCUCCUCUCUCAUUCCGCGGUGAACUCUCACAGUGUAACUAAGUUAUCAGAUCUCUAUCAUUGACUCUCUGUAACUAUCCUUCUCAUGAAUUUCUCCUAUUCUCUGUUUCUGUUGGAAGCAUAGAGGAGAAGAAGAAGAAGCGGAGUUCCCAAAGCCAGCAAUCUAAUCAGAAUCACCAUUUUUUUUUCUUCCCAAAAUAAUUUGUUUUUGUUUAAUUAGCUUAAAUUUUUCAAAAACCUAUAAGCAAUUACUGAGUAGUACGAGCUUAAUCUGUCGCCAGUUAUGUUACAAAGGUUCAUGAUUCAUCCUUGAUAAUGCAACUUUCAAAGAUUGAUCAAUUUUUUCCUCUUAAUUGAAAAAUUGAGCUCCGUCAACUGUUCUAAGAUAGACCCACUUUCCAAUUUUAUAUUUAAAAAAAGAAAAACAGUUUUUUAGGUGAAUUGUGAGAAUGGAGGUUGGUGAAAUGGGUAGGAAGGAACCACAAACAGAGAUUCCAUGGAUUCCUACAACCCCUGUUAAGCCAAUUCUACCCAAAUCAGUUCCGAUCUGCAUUCCAGUGGAAGGAAACGACCAAACCCAUCAUCAUGCUAAUGGAGCAGUUGCAUGUUCUGAAUUCUCAAAUGGGUUGGAGGAAAACAGAGAAUCCCAUCAUGGAUCAGUACCUGUGGCUACAAUUGCAGACAUUGCAGGUGAUAAUGGCAAAAUAUGUGAAAAGACAGGUUCUGAUAAUGUUUCAGGUUGGAGCGACCUAGGUGGUUCAGCCGAAUUUUCAUCGAAUUCUUAUGCAACGCAGCUCGGAAACAUUAAUGGAUUGAAUGAUCUAUUUGUUCCUUCAGUUAUCUGUGAAGAUUCCAGGGUUCCUCAUGAAACAUCCGACAAUGCUUGCUGUAGCAAGAGAACUUCCCAGGGCGACCCUGCCAAAAUGCUUGACAAGGAUGAACCCUUGCCGAACAAAGAACUCAGCGACCUUGUUGUGGAAUUUACUGCUGUUUCUUCACCAUUGAAGGAGAAUCACAACCCAGAUGAGGCGAACAGCCUCUGUACAGGUCUGAAUAAAAUACCAGAAAAAAAGACAAGGAGAAAAAAGCACCGCCCCAAGGUUAUUAGAGAAGGAAAACCCAAAAGAACUCCGAAGCCAGCUACCCCGAAGCCCGCACAAUCAAAAGGAAACACAACUGGCAAGAGGAAGUAUGUGAGAAGAAAAGAAUUGAACAAAAAUCCUACUCCUGCAACAGAAAUGAUCGGAGAACUCACUGAAAAAAUACCUGAAGCUGCCGAAAUGUCAUGUAGAAGGUCCUUAAAUUUUGAAAUAGGUGCAAAAGAUGAGAGUUCUGCAGGCAGAGAAAAUACAACUGCACUUCUGAACAAAGAAAAUGGUGUAGCUGUGCAAGAAACAAAUGUUGGCCUUGCUUGUGAUUUAAACACUCCGAUUAAGCAUGCAUCAAACAGUUCCAUGUUAUUACCAGAAGAUACAGAAGUCCCAGAUACAUCUUUUCAAAGCACCCACCCCGAGGCAGAGCCAAAAGAAAACCCAACUGGCAAGAAGAAACGUGUGAGAAGGAAAUUGAACACUCCUCCUGCUCCUCCAACAGAAGUAACAGGUGAGCUGACUACAGAAAAGAUAUCUGAGUUGGCCCAACCACCCUGUAAAAGUUUCACAAAUUUUGACAAAGGUGGAAUGGAAGAGAGUUCUGCUGUCAAAGAAAAUGUAGUCAUAGAUGGAACAUGCCCAAAUCUUGCUUAUGUGAGAAGACCGGGAUUAAAUAAGUUUUCCACUCCUACUGAAGUAUCCGGAGACUUGCCGGGAAAAAUGAUGCCAGAAUCUGCGAAAACUUCCUGUAGAAAGUCCUUAAAUUUUGACGGAGGAGCAAGAGAUGAAAGUUCUGCCGACAGAGAAAAUGCAACCGUGCAUCCGUGCAAAGAAACUGGUACAGCUCUGCAGGAAGUUGAGGUAGGCCUUGCCUGUGAUAUGAAAGCUUUCAUGAAGCAGGUAACAGAAAAUAAUUACCUAUCAUUUUGUAAUAAUGAACAUCGUAUUGUGCAUCCGUGCAAAGAAACUGGUGCAGAAUUGCAGGAUAUUGAUGUAUCCCUUGCAUAUGAUAUAGAGCCUCUCAUGAAGCAGGCAGCAGAAAAUAAUUGCAAGUCAUUUUGUAAUAUUGAACAAACCCUAAGUAUGUCUCCUUCAAAAACUAAUUCUCCUGGGGAAAAGUCAAAAGGAAACCUAACAGGAAAUAAGUAUCAGAGAAGAAAACAAUUGAACAAGUCUCCUACUUGCCAAACAGAAAUGACAGGAGGACCGACUGGGGUGUUGAUGCCAGAAUCUAAAGGAGCAACAAUGCGUAGGUUCUCAGAUUUUGAUAUGGGAGCAAAAGAUGAAAGUUCUGCUCACAGACAAAUUGUAAAUGUGCAAAUGGACGAUGUGGUAGAGGAAACACCUGUAGGCCUUGCCUAUAAAGACACUUGGAUGAGGCAGGCAUUUCAUAGUUACAUAGUAUUACCUGAAGACACGAAUGGUGAGAGGAAAUGUGUGAGAAAGAAGAGAUCAAACAGGACUUUUACUCCAAAAAAAAUGACAGGUGAAUUGACUAAACCAAUUAUGUCUGAACCUACCAUAAUAUCGUGUAGAAUGUCCAUUAAUUUUGACACAGGAGGAAGAGAUGAAAGUAGUAUGUGCAAUGAAAGCCUCACCAAUGAUCAAAACACCUUGGUGAAAGAGAUAGUACAUGAUUACGCGUCGUUAUCUGAAAACACACAAGCUCCAAGUACAUGUCUUCCAAAAAGCAAUCUUCUUGAGGUGAAGCAGAAUGCCAGGAACAAAAAUAAAAGAAAGGGUCUUGCAGAGGCUAAGGAUGGAAACAUCGGUAAUGCUCAGGCUUCAACAGUAAAGUUACAAAUGGUUGGUUGCGAGAGAGAGCAUUCUGAAACCACUGAAAGAGCAAAUAAUGGUCAAGCUUCAACAGUAAACUUACAAAUGGAAAUGGUUGGUUGCGAGGGAGAGCAUUCUGGAACCAAUGAACGUGCAGAUAACAGCAGCAUGAAUCUGUUGGGGAGACACUAUAAUGGAUUGCCCUCAUACCAGUCAAAGUUGCCGCUUCAGAUUCCAAGUACAUGUCUUCCAAAAGGCAAUCCUCCUGGACGGAAGCGAAAUGCCAGGAAUAAAAACAAAAGAAAGGGCCUUGCAGAGGUUGAGGAUGGAAACGUCAGCAAUAGUCAGACUUCAACUUUACAAAUGGUUGGUUGUGAGAGAGAGCAUUCUGGAACCACUGAACGUGCAGAUAAUGGUCAAGCUUCAACAGUAAAGUUACUGAUGGAAAUGGUUGGUUGCGAGAGAGAGCAUUCUGGAACCACUGAACAUGCAGAUAACAGCAGCGUGAAUCUGGUUGGUUGCGAGAGAGAGCAUUUUGGAACCACUGAACGUGCAGAUAACAGCAGCGUGAAUCUGAUUGGGGCACACUCUAAUGGAUUGCACUCACACCAGUCAAAGUCUCCAUUUCAGUUUCCAAAUAUCCAGAAGAAAAGGAGAACUGAAAAGGGAAAAACAUCUAACACUCAUAUUACAUCUUCUGUGAUUACCAAAAAUGGAGUACCACUAAUAUUCGCUCCCAAAGAUGCUCACGUGCAUCCUUAUGCAUCAAACUACAGCUCCCGGAUGUAUGGUUUGGGAUAUAAUGCAGCUGUACGCCCGAUCACAAAUGAAUCUAGAGAAAAUUAUAUUCAUAGUACUCAAACAUUUGAUGAGUUCAGAUUAUCUUUGAGAAGGAUGGCAGAAAUAUGUCAAUUACCAAAUCAAACUUGCGAUUAUAAUUCUCUAAUGAGAAUUAGAAACUGUAUUGAACCAAAUUACAAUGCAAAACAACUGGGCUUUUCAGACCGGCAAACAAUACGAGAAGCAAAAAGACCACAAACAUGCGUUGACGUCUUAGCUGAAGAUAUGCCCGUGUCAUGUGCAAAAAAGAAGCGAAAUAGAAAGAGAAAUGUUCUUUCCAGCUCAAUGCGUCCAAACAAAGAUGAGAUGCAACAGUGCCAUAAUUCUGCAUUGGGAAAUCUCCAGCUGACACUGGGGAAACCAUCAGGUACUGCUCGCAGAGUAAUGCAGAAAAUAAUGCAUAAUGUUGAAGCAUUAACAGAGCAAUUUAGACAGCUAAACAUAAACACAGGAGCGAAAGAACUUGCCUUAUAUGGGCAGACUGCACUUGUUCCCUUUCAGGGCUCAUUUGAUCCCAUAAAAAAACAGCGCCCACGACCUAAAGUUGACCUUGAUGACGAGACUGAUAGAGUGUGGAAGCUUUUGCUGUUAGAUAUAAACCAUGAUGGGGUUGAUGGAACAGAUGAAGACAAGGCCAAAUGGUGGGAAGGAGAACGUAAUGUGUUCCGUGGACGAGCGGAAUCAUUUAUUGCACGGAUGCAUCUUGUACAAGGAGACAGGCGAUUUUCUCGAUGGAAAGGAUCAGUUGUGGAUUCAGUGGUGGGAGUUUUCCUCACUCAAAAUGUCACAGAUCAUCUUUCCAGUUCUGCAUUCAUGUCACUUGCUGCUCGAUUUCCCAAAGAGUCGGGCAGCAUGUGCGGAGAAGGCACGAGUCUGGCAGUCAACAAACAACAAGUGUCUGUGGUGGAACCAGAAGAGAACACUGAAUGUGAUGUAAACUUAUUGAAUCGAUCUGUUUGCAACGAAAGUUCUAUGACAGUAGAUAUAGUUGAGCAUUCUGGAGAAAAAACUGUCAACAGCAAUGAUUCCUGCAGAAUUACUAGCAGCCCGAUUAGCUUAACAGAUGAAUCAAACUUCGAACGAACAGAAUCACCUCAAAGAAAUAUUACAGAAUGCCACAGCUCAAUGGUGGUGAUUGAGAACAGGGGAGAAAAAACGUGUCAUGAUGGUACUGGGAAAGAGUUAAAUGACAUUAUUUCAUUCCAAUCCUCUGUCAUUUCAUCUCAAAUAUCUGGAGAUUUUUCAAAUGAACAAAAUCCUGAGAAGAUAGGAUCAUGCUCAGAUAGCAACUCAGAAGUUGAAGAUCUGCCAAGCACAGCAAAAUACAACACUUGUGGUUCCUUUUCUAAGCUUCUUGAAAUGGUAAGUUCAACCAAGUUUUCUGAAGUUAACAGUCAACAAAGCAAAUCAAUCGAGAACAUGAGAGAUGACAAUGCAACAGAAAGCUGGAAAAAAUCAAAUGUCACACACAACUUAGGAGCUCGUGAAGUUAACUGCUCUGGACCUUUCAACACAGAAGCUUUGUCAAGUGGCAUCUUAAAGAAUAGAGAUGAAAAUGAGAUGAAUACACCUAGUUUUCAAACAGACGAAUCUGCAGGCUGUGUUGCAGUAACUCAUUCUCAAACCAUUGCAUCUCAACAUCCUCAGGAACAGAGUAAUCACAUGCAGCAAAGCUUUUUUGACAUUGCUGGACAAACUCUUGAUCUGAUUCAGAAAGAAAGGGAUUUAAAUUUUGGUGAUCACAAAGAUGUUGUGAGGAGUGAAACCAAUGAGAUAAGUUCUGCCCCAAUAAAGUUAAAGACCAAAAGUCAAGUAAAGGAGGAAAAGGAACAAUUUGACUGGGAUAGUUUACGAAGAAAAGCACAAGCUACGGCUGGGAAAAGAGAAAAGACAGAAGACACCAUGGAUUCCUUAGACUGGGAUGCCGUGAGAUGUGCAGAUGUCGGUGACAUUGCUAAUACCAUCAAAGAACGGGGCAUGAACAACAGGCUUGCCGAGCGUAUUCAGAAAUUCCUGAAGAGACUGGUUGAUGAUCAUGGAAGCAUUGACCUCGAGUGGCUGAGAGACGUUCCACCUGACCAAGCAAAAGAGUAUUUGCUGAGCGUAAGAGGACUGGGAUUGAAAAGUGUGGAGUGUGUGCGCCUGUUAACACUGCACCAUCUUGCCUUCCCGGUAGACACAAAUGUUGGACGUAUAGCAGUACGCUUGGGAUGGGUACCUCUCCAGCCACUGCCCGAGUCACUACAGUUGCAUCUCCUAGAAAUGUACCCAGUGUUGGAGUCCAUACAAAAGUAUCUCUGGCCUCGAUUGUGCAAGCUAGAUCAAAAAACACUGUAUGAGCUACAUUAUCAGAUGAUUACAUUUGGAAAGGUCUUCUGUACAAAAAGCAAACCAAAUUGCAAUGCAUGCCCAAUGAGAGCAGAAUGCCGACACUUUGCUAGUGCAUUUGCAAGUGCAAGGCUUGCCCUGCCUGGACCAGAGCAGAAGAGUAUAGUAAUUGCAACUGGAAAUAGUGUGCCCAACAAAAACCCACCUGUAGUCAUGAGUCAGUUGCAGUUGCCUCUUGCUGGGGACACAAACCAAGUGGAAGAAAUUCCCGAAACAGAAAUGAGCAGACAACUGGCAAGAUCUGAAGUAAAUAUCUGCCAACCUAUCAUUGAAGAGCCGACAACUCCAGAGCCAGAAUGUUCAGAACAAACACUAAGUGAUAUCGAAGAUGCCUUCUACGAUGACCCAUGUGAAAUUCCUACCAUUAAACUUAACAUAGAGGAGUUCACUCUGAAUUUACAAAACUACAUGCAACAAAACAUGGAACUUCAAGAAGGUGAAAUGUCAAAGGCUCUGGUUGCUUUGAAUCCAGAGGCUGCUUCCAUUCCUGUGCCCAAGCUAAAGAAUAUUAGCCGAUUGCGAACAGAGCAUUGUGUUUAUGAACUCCCGGAUACGCAUCCUCUUCUGGAAGGGUGGGACAAGCGAGAACCCGAUGAUCCUGGCAAAUAUCUUCUUGCUAUAUGGACUCCAGGAGAGACAGCAGAUUCAACACAGGCACCUGAAUGCAAAUGCAGCUCUCGCAAAGAAUAUGGACAACUCUGCAAUGAGAAGGAGUGUUUCUCAUGCAACAGUUUCCGUGAAGCAAAUUCACAGAUAGUUAGAGGGACACUUCUGAUUCCGUGUCGAACAGCUACGCGUGGGAGCUUUCCAUUAAAUGGCACUUAUUUCCAAGUCAACGAGGUGUUUGCUGAUCAUGAGUCAAGCCUUAAUCCUGUUAGUGUUCCGCGAAGUUGGAUCUGGAACCUCAAUAGGAGAACAGUAUAUUUUGGAACCUCCACAACAUCAAUAUUUAAAGGUUUAUCAACACAAGAAAUUCAACAAGCCUUUUGGAGAGGGUAUAUCUGUGUGCGAGGGUUUGAAAGGAAAGCACGAACACCGCGCCCUCUGAUGGCUAGACUACACUUCCCAGCUAGUAAAUUGGCGAAAGCCAAAGAGAAGACAAAAAAAGAGCCAACUCCAGUGAAGAAAUCUCAAGUACCGAAACCAGUAAAGAAAUCACAAGAGCCGAAGCCGAAUCCUGAACAGCCUGAACUGAUUACAAACGGUCACAGCCUUCAGGAGAAAGGAACAGCCUGAAGACUACACUAGUCGUCUGUAUUAUUGUGUUGCUUAGUGACUUGUAUGUAAAUGAUAAUGACAAAGUCAUUAUUUAGUCUUAAAACUUUAUGCUUUUCUUAUCAUUCUAUGGACCGAUUAGUUUUUAUUUCUUUCAAGGGUAUUAGGUUAUUAUAAUGUAUCAUCGGUAGCACCAUAAGUCCAUGUAGCACCAACACUUCUCAUUUAAGUUGUGUUUGGUGUCCAAUAUAUGUUGUUUUAGAUUGAA